UAGGGUCGGCUUUAGGGUUUGUCCGGAUGGAAGAAGCUAUCCGGAGCAUGCUGUUGAAAUUGAAUCACCCUGGUUAUCUGGUGGAUUUCUCUGUGGAGGAGACAGCCAUCUUCGAUCCUGUGACUGAGAGGGAUUACUUCCCUGUGAAGAUUGAAGCGAAGAAGGUUGAGGGCUUUGUUGUUAAAGGAGGGCAAUACUUCCCUCCCGAUGAAAAGGGUAUGAGGGCUCUGGCUCUCUUUCUUUGGGAUGAUGAUGAAGAAGAAGAUGAAGAUGAUAUUUAUGGUUACCACACCGCAGAUGAUAUGGAGGAUGUAUGUGUGAGCGAUGUAUGUGUGAGGUAUUUGGUCCAGAAGGUAUCUCCAGAAGGAAAACUAUUGGAAUCAGCAGACCAAAUUAGUCUCACAACUGACUAUGAUUGGAGAAAAUAUUCUUGCUUAUGGAGGGAGAGUCAAGCUGCAAUGCGUGCACGUAUUAUGGAACUGAGUGCAAAAGGGUAUAGAAUCGUGUAGUUAUUAUGUUAUGGAAACUGCUACUACAUUUCUAUGUUAUUAUGUUAAAUUUCCUAAAUAAUAGCUUUCUUUCAUCAUC